AUGGAAUAUUCGGGUGGAAAGAAACUGCAGGGUUAUGGCCUAGUCUCCGGCUACCGCGUUGGAACAGACGGCCUUCUUGUCAUCGAGGCACGACCCUACCAGAGCGGUAACUACUGCUGCUUCGCCCUGGAGAACGGCCUUCAUGUCCCUGUGGUGAUCUACAGCUUGACAGUUCGACAGGAUCUGCCGCCACCUGUAGAUCCGACACAUCCACCAGCGAUCUUCUGGACAUCCCAGACUUCCCAUAGUGUAUCCGUGGAGGACUUCCAUCCUACCCCACUGUCUCCUAGCUUUGAGUUCUUGUCUCUAAGAAACAUGGAGGCCAUGUAUCUUUCCCUAAUCAUAAUAUUAGGAGGAUUGUGUGUUGUUCUGACAGUGGUCCUACUAUACGUCGGAUUCUGUUUACAAGGACGGAAGGGUAAAUACUCUCUGCAAGCCGCGGCUCGCGCCGAAAGGAAGAGAGGUGCCAACAUGGAGCUGAAGACCAUCUCUAGCCACUGCAAUGGCAAAGCUGAAGCUCAUGAUGGUCUAAUCCAAAUCGUUCCUGGAGAAGCUCCAACCUCGCCCAAUAAAGAUCUUCCUCCUGCUCCACCUCUCCCGCCACCUCCUUCAGAGUCAGAGUAUGGAAUCGGGAUCUCCGCCACCCUGCCCAGCGUUCUGCGCAAGAUGAACGGCAACAGUUACAUGUUACUCAGGCAGAACGACUUAGAAACCACGUCUCCUCUCUAUUACUCCUUCACAGAGGAACUCAACAGAAUCCUGGAGAAGAGGAAGCACACGCAUCUGUGCAGUAAACCCGAUGAGAGCUCGGUGUGAACAGAAAACGCAGACUGACUUUAACGGGAUCCUAAUGAUCGGAUGCCUUUUAUUGGAAGAUAAACACAGCUUCUCUAUUCCUUUAAAAUGAACAAUUGCUUCUGCAUUUACAUUUCAUAUGUUGAGCUUUUGACUUUCAGCACACUAAGGAAUAUCCACUGGUCGCAAAAUAGCAAAGGCUGCAACACAUACAAUGGAAGUUCUACCUCAGCAGAACUCAUUUCAGCAUUUUAACGUUAGUAUUCGGGUUGGAGUCGAGGUGAAAGUCCAGAUAGAGGAGCAAAAUAAUCUGUCUUGCUACUGGAGGAAUCAAACAUAUGAUUCACUGAAAACUGCUUUCAAGGCCAUAAAGUACUUUAAUAUGGUAACAUAUGGCAGCGUAAAAAAGGGCCAGAUCAACUCUGUACUGUAUAAGCCCUCACUGAGGCAUCUAAAAAAGAUGCUUUGAAACUCUAGUGCCAUGAUGCGCUGAAUGUAUAGGUCCUUUAUUUUAAUAUUUUCUAAUUUAUGCUCAACUGUCCGUUUCAGUUUUUUGCUUGUAAUAAUAAGGAUCAUUAAAAUGAACGGGCAUAAAAGACAAGAAAAAACGAAAAAUGCCCUUGAUGGUACUAAUAGUGUGAGAAAACUUUUAUUAAUACUCUUAUAGGGGCGGGGAACAGGGAAGAUUCAUACAGUAUUAACCACUGAGAUGCACUUUAUGGACAAGUAGCAUUUGAUCAUGUAAGGUGCUGCAUAUUCUGACAGAUCUGACAAGAACGAAAUGAGUCAUCAUUGUAAAAAACUGCAGCCAAGAUAUUUGUGUCUUGAAAUUGCAACCAAACUGUAUUGUACUCUGGAUUGAAAUGCUGUGAAAGGAAAUCUAUAUGGAUGGACAUACAGUGAGUAACGUUAUAACCCUGAGAAAUGGACCACUGAAGUCUCUUGACUCACAUGUGUUGUAUGUCCCUUAUUGUGCAUGCAGAAAUUAAAAUGUUUCUUUGUUGGACUUCAUCCGCAUUCAAGAAUCAUUGGCUGCUGGGUUGCCACGGCAACCACAGGGAGGACAUCAAUCUGAUGCUGACUUUAUGCUUUGACAUGACCAACUGUUACAUCGCAUCUUACGGUCAAACCUUAUAGUGUUAACGUGGAUUAUAGAAUUAUAACAACAAAGUGUUUUUGGGCUUCUGGUUUGAGAUGAACAAUGAGAAUUCAUAUCCCUUCAUACAAAUAAACAGUGUAAAUGUUCACCUUGGAUGGUCCAGCUUUGGUUUGCCCACCCUCGCGUGCAAAUGCAUUCUGGCGUAUCUCCCACUAAAGAAAGCAGAGCACCUGGAUUUAUCUGUUUAGAUCAGAAUAUGCAGAUUGCAGUGAAGCCGAAUGGAGAACAUUAAGGCCACAUGUUUAGUACACAGCUGAGAUGAGCACUGCUGAUAGAAUACUUUGUUUUUCUUUCUUUCGUUCUUUCUUUCUCCUUUUUUCUUCUCUAAUCGUGUGUUCAUAUUGUUUUUUUAUAAAAAAAUAAAUCCGUAUACAGAAGGCACAUAUCAUUGAAUGAAUAAUGAAUUUAAAUGUUUGUGUGCGAACUGGAUUCCUUUAAAAACUUA